AUGGCCGACGACAACGUCAAAGAGUGGACGCCAGACCCCGGAUGGAACGAGUCUGCUGACAGAUUCAGCAGAUCAUUCUAUCAGAACAUGGAUCUUGUAAGCUGGCGCGUCAUUCCUGCUAUUGAUUCUUUCGCUCACAAAGUCAGGCCACCGGAUCUACUGGAGGACAAGCCCAUGCACCAACUAUCUCCAUAUUCAACAUUGCCCUCAGCGGAACCGACCUACGCUACCGCAAUAUAUCCUUUCUACAACCUUCAAGAUCCAUCCACCACCCUAUUUCUCUCAUCUGUCCGUGAUCAUCCAAUUCGUCUAUCAUCAGCUCUGGCUCCCACAUCACUGGCGAGCUAUUCCCUGGUAAAUCCUAUGACAGAAGCAUUUAUAACACCACAUUCGAUGAUCUUUCCAUCCAUGAUGGGCGGCACUCACUUCCUCACGGGCUCAGAUAGCCUCAUUUGUCUCUUCGACGUGUCCCGAACAGGAACACAAGGCCCAAUAUCUUCCAUGCCGACAAUCCCCAGCAAACGCAAGCAGAUUGUCGGCGGCGGUAUUGGCAUGAAGGGCAUUGUUUCAGCUCUGGCUCUAAACCCUAGCGGGGACGGUAUUCUUGCUGCGGGUACUUUCACCAGACACAUUGGACUGUACAGCUCAAAUGGCUCGGGUGAGCUUCUUGGGACUUUCAGUGUGGCAAAGACCAGUGCAAACCGUGAUAUCGGGGGUCGCGGAGUUACACAGCUUGUCUGGAGCCCCUGUGGCAGAUAUCUGUAUGUCGCUGAGCGCAAGAGUGAUGGCGUUUUGGUUUACGAUGUUCGGGUCACGGGGCAACUGCUUGGGCACUUGCGCGGGCGCAAGGCCCGUACUAAUCAACGCAUUAACAUUGAUGUUGUUCCAUCUGGUCCUGAUGGCUCCCAUGAGAUUUGGGCUGGCGGUACCGAUGGUUUUAUGAGGGUAUGGAGGAGUCCAGAGCACUGUGAAGGUGGGAAGGACCCCGAUUGGGAAUUUAAGGUGCAUGAUGAUGCCGUGACGAGCACAAUGUUUCACCCGAUGGGAAGUGUUGUUGCAACGUGCUCUGGGCAAAGACAUUUUGAUUCAGAUGAUUCUUCCGACGAAGAAACUUCAGCGAAGAACAUUGAGCAGGUCGAUAACAGCCUCAAGGUCUGGUCGAUGCCAUUUCUGUUGUCAGAAACCGAGAAAACCCAUGAUUUAGAGCCUAUACCCUGA